CUCAACUACCAAUCAUUUCAUGCAGAAAACCACAUUUUAAAAGAGCAUUUUUCUUCGGGGCACGCUGAAACAUUAACCAGGUCGGAGAUGCCUCGCUCCUUCAUGGUGAAUAAGAGGGCGCACAGUUACCACCAGCCCCGCAGUUUGGAGGAUGACUACAGCAGGCUGGACACUAUACUGGCGCACAUUUGCUCAGAUGCUGAGUCUCCUCCGUGCGUCCUCUCAGAGGCAGAGAAGCUCCAGGAUGACACCGACAUGUCGGUGGACCGGUACGACCUCUCUCCUGACUCUAACCUGGCCGACGCUGCCGAUUUCUCUCCGAAGUCGCCGCUGAGCUGCGCCGACAGUCUGUGCGGCCGCUCCCCGGACUAUGAGGACUUCUGGAGGCCUCCAUCCCCCUCUGCAUCUCCGGUGGACUCUGAGAAAUCCCUGUCUCCUCUGGUGCAUGAGACGCAGCCCUUCACGGUUCCCUUCCGGCCGUACGCCUGGAGUAGCUACUCGGGGCCGGGGCUGAGGUCGCUGGUCCAGCCGAGUAUCCACCCCGGCAUGGAGGUAGACAGGGGCCCGGCGGCGUUGGCCUUCUACGGGGACAGGAGCAGCCACUCAGCCCUUUAUGCAGAGCGGACUCUGGGCGAGGAGACGUACGGGGACUACAGGACGCAUGCAGCGGCUCUGCUGUAUCCGGAGGGAGGCCUGCAUGGAAAAAGCCACAGUGUGAAGACCCAGUCUGACCUGCUGUGCUCCAGUCUGAUCCUCAACGGUGCUUACAAGUGCAUCAAAUGCAGUAAGGUAUUUUCUACUCCUCACGGUUUGGAAGUCCACGUCCGCAGAUCGCACAGCGGCACCAGGCCAUUUGCGUGUGAUAUCUGCGGCAAAACCUUCGGGCACGCAGUCAGCCUGGAGCAACACAAAGCCGUGCACUCUCAGGAAAGAAGCUUCGACUGCAAAAUAUGCGGUAAAAGUUUCAAGAGGUCGUCUACUCUGUCGACGCACCUACUCAUCCACUCCGACACAAGGCCGUAUCCCUGCCAGUACUGCGGGAAGAGGUUCCACCAGAAGUCAGACAUGAAAAAACACACGUUCAUCCACACAGGUGAGAAGCCACAUAAAUGUCAGGUGUGCGGGAAAGCGUUCAGCCAGAGCUCCAACCUCAUCACACACAGCAGGAAACACACCGGAUACAAACCUUUCGGCUGCGACCUCUGCGGCAAAGGUUUUCAGAGAAAAGUGGAUCUGAGGAGACACAAAGAGACGCAGCACGGACUGAAAUGAAGCACACAGCGACUGCACACAUCAUGUCAUAGAAUCUGAUUUAAGUCUUUAAAUAAUUACUCUUGACAAAGAGAGGCAGAAGACGUUUUCGCCUUUUCCCCAGUCGCUCUGCUGGGGGACAUUUGUUGGAUCAAGAUUCACUUUGAUCCAAUUGUCGCUUUGUAAAAAAUGACUAGAAAUAUAUAUAUAGUUAUCUCAGCCGACAGGCAGAUUAUUUAUUUAUUUUUUAAUAAAUCACGAAUAAAACAAACAUUUUCGGACAUUUUGCAGAGUGAAGACAUCGACACUAAUUCUUCUCCCAUCCUACUGGAGAUAGUUAUAAAGGUCCAGAAAACCAGAGAUAAGCUGUGAACUGUGAGAAAUGCAGAUGUAACGAAGCAAAUAAAUGUAUCAUGUUUGUAUGUCGACUGACAUUAAUUCAGUAAGCAUAAAAACCCAAAAUAUUUGUACUCAAAGUUAAAUAACCUGAUCGACAAUAACGCCAACAGAGAUGCAAAUCUGCGCUCCUCCAAAGAACCGAGGCUCUUUUUUUGUUUUCAGAGACAUGCUGGCAAAACAACCUCCUCACACAGUGUGAUUUAAUAAACAGGAGGGUUACUGCCUUACUCACGACAUCUGCAAAAUUCCCAUUUUGUGCAUUUUAUUGUCGUUUACACGUAAUUAUAAUUAUUUUUCAGGCAAUUUUAUUUCAUAGUUGUUUUUUAACCGCAUUUCUAAAUGAAAUAAAAACUAAAAAUGAAUAAUCUAUGGAAACUUCUUCUCUAAAUGAAGGAUAUGGGAAAAUCUCUUCAGAGUGAGUGAAAUUAGUUCAAAUGUAAAACAAUUUAAUUCAGGUUUAAUCACCAAAAUUAAAUUUAAAGGUCACCAGAAUUUAUGCGCUAUUUUAUAACCAUACCAUUUAGGUUCGAAGCAGCACAUUUCGCGUAAUUAUCUUUAAUUUCAAUGCUUUAUUAUUAUAAAUAUUCCAACUUGAAGAAAAUAAACAAACAAACAUCACUUUAACCAUUGAGGUGUAAUAGACCGACAAAAAAGGGCGCGUCUCACCGUGUUGCUGCCGUGAUUGUGAUUGCCCAGAGGCCACUGCGGCUCCUGUUUGUUUUGACCACAUGUU